AAGGAAACAGCACGGUGUCAGAGAGGGGCCGGGACCGAGGGCAGGAGCCAGGACAGGACUUCCCAUCCCAGAACAUAAAGCCAAUAGCUACAGGCACCCACGGCGAGGAGGGAAGCUCUGUAUCGCUUUAUAUCGCAGCUAAUAGUCUGUGUGGGAGGUGCCAGCUCAUAGGCCACGCCCAUUUCGUAUCAGGGUUACUGAUCAGGGAGAGUCCCGUGUGGAACAUCCACAGCCCGAGUUGGGAGCGGAGAACCAGAGUGGCACAAAGCUGGGCACAACAUGGCUACUAAACGUAUCGUUAUGACUGCGCCUCCACCCUGGGGAUUCCGGCUGAUUGGAGGGAAAGAUUUCGACCAGCCCUUAACUAUUUCCAGGGUAAUGCCGGGAAGCAAAGCUGCAGUUGCCGAUCUAUGUAUUGGAGAUGUAGUCAUUUCUAUUGAUGGGGAAAACACAGACGGCAUGACUCAUUUAGAAGCACAGAAUAAAAUUAAAGGCUGUGAAGAUGAAUUAAUUCUCACAAUAAACAGGGUUGAAUCGAAAAUAUGGUCUCCUCUUGUGUCCGAAGAUGGAAAGCCAAAUCCUUACAAGAUGAAUUUAGCAAGUAACCCACAGGAAUUAAAACAAAUAGGAAGUGCACAUAAUCGAAGUGCUAUGCCGUUCACUGCUGCCUCAGCUUCCAGCACCCCCAAAGUGAUCACUGCUCAGUACAACAACCCAGCCGGCCUCUAUUCUUCCGACAACAUAGAGAACUUCAAUAGUGCCCUGGAGACCAAAUCGACUCCCAGUGCCCAAGUACCAAGCAAAGCUUCGGAACCAACACAGCCGGCAAAUACUCGACACCUUGAUAAAGAGUCUGAAGUUUACAAGAUGCUGCAGGAGAAUCAGGAAUUAGAUGAACCCCCUAGGCAGUCGGCUUCUUUCUUGGUCCUGCAGGAAAUCUUGGAAACUGAUGAGAAAGAUUUUGAGGGCACAGAAUGUUUAUAUACAGGUCCUAUGGAGAGACCAUUUAUAGAUGCAGGGGAAAAGCCGUCAGGGUUCCGGAGUGUAAGGGCACCCACAACUAAAGUGGCAGCCUCUCUGGGGAGUGGCCAAAAACUGCCUAUUUGUGGUCACUGUGGCUCAGGAAUUGUGGGAGUGUUUGUGAAGAUUCGGGACAAACCUCAUCACCCCGAAUGCUACGUUUGCACCGACUGUGGGAUGAACCUCAAGCAAAAGGGCCACUUCUUUGUAGAAGACAAGAUGUACUGUGAAAAGCACGCACGGGAACGCAUGACACCGCCCGAGGGAUAUGACGUGGUCACAGUGUUCCCCAAAUAACUCUCUUCCCUAUCCGCCGCGCCGGCUUGCCAAGUACCAUUCAUCUGCGCCAUUUUAGAACAGUGCCAAGCUUCUAUUUGCUGAGAUGUGAAUGUCCCUUCUGUUUGCAGGAAGUGCUUUUAGGAGAUUGUGUGAGACGUUUCUACACAACAAUCAUUUCAAUCUAACUGCCAUUGUGUGUGUUUCGUCUUGUUGCUUUAGUUGUUGUUAUACAAUACAGGAGACACUUGUAUAACUUGCCAGUGUGUGAAGUGUUCUUUUAAAUAUGACCUGUUAUACAUGUGGUUUCAGGUUCUGCUCACUUAGUUGUGAUUAUCUGACUGCAGGGGACGUGCCAAGUUGCACAGAUUCUGGUCUCAGGCAGCAGAUGUCAUUGGUCAAAUACUGGCCCUUAUUAUCCCUAUGGAACCCAUGGUCCUGCUACUUAACCAGGUCUCUGGAAAAGCCCCCACAAAAGCAGAACAAGCCCUGCUGACAUUCUUCCUCAUCACAGCAAAACAAAUUAUUGCCAUGGUUUGGAAAUCCCCCCCCCC